GCUUCUCUUGCGGAACACAUCUCGCCCGUCUCUGUGCUUUUCUGGACUUCUCACUGCACCUGUGGGGUCUACCGCCCCCUCCAUCGCGGUGAUGGAUGUGCAACACCCCGAGGAUCGUCCCGGUUCCCGUUCACCCACGGACAUCGGUUCGAGGAAGCGAGGAAAUACAUCGAGUGGUAGCGAGGACACAGAGCUGUACUCCGCAUCAGGUGACGAGUCAUCGGAAUACGGCUUUCGACUUGUACAGUACCGCAAGGCCAAACGAAGAAUUAUCAACUCAUCUUCGGCGUCCAGCUCGAACACUGUGAAAACAGCGCCUCAGCGAUGGCCUCACUCCAUCCUGUUUGUGCCACAGAACGCUACCGACAACCUGCGCGUCCUCAACAGGCAAGCACUCUCCGUGUAUCUCGAAAACACUGUGCCAAACGAGAUCAAGGAUGUGAGGAUAAACACAAGGCGAAACAUCCUGGCUAUCGAUGUGAUGAACCCGAGCGCGCUGACCAUACUCCAACAUGUAACGCAGCUGGGAAACAUCAAGGUCCGAUCUAUCAUGCCAACGAAUGGUGCCACAAUUACAGGAGUAAUCUAUGACAUUGACAACGAAAUUCCUAAUGCAGACCUCCCAGUUCUUAUAAAACCAGCAAGUGAACAUAACGUCAUUGUGCAUGUCUGUCGCCUCGGCAACACACGUUGUGUGAGACUAACGUUCAAAGGCGACUGCCUUCCACCCUACGUGAAGGUCGGCCACUUUCGCCACCAGGUUCGACCAUUUAUUCCAAGACCAAUGCAAUGCUACAAUUGUCAGAAGAUUGGCCAUGUGAAGGGAGUCUGCAGAAAUUCGGCCGUGUGCCCUCGAUGUGCCGAACCCCACUCAGAAGACAACUGCAGCGCAAUCAAGUUGAAGUGUCCUAACUGUCAGGGUGAUCACUGCGCCUCUUCCAAAGACUGUCCCCAGAUCAAGAAAGAGAUCACCAUUCUUAAACAAAUGGUGAGAGACAACUCUACCCACAAAGAAGCUGCUGUGAAAGCACGGCGAAGACGACGUCACCGUCGAACGUCUUCACGACGUAAAACAUCAAGUUUUCAGGAACAGUCAACUCGUCAAGCCGCAUCACCAGUGGAAGUUUCCAGCCCUCCGAACACCGGUGUUGGAAGGGAGAAAACUGCCAGAUCUCUCUCCACAAAGGAAUGGCCGCCACUUCCAUGUACACGACCGCCAGAAGAGCCGCAGAAGAAGCCGCCCCCAGUACAUCAAGGUGCUGUAUCCGAGGAGUCGCGGAAAACAGAUGAGCAAGUGAUAGCACUUAUUAGGCCUUUAAUGAAUGCCAUUCGCGUGUUGCUAAGCAACAUGCACACACCGUCUGCCAAAAGUGCGCUUCAAGUACUGGACGCUCUGAGUCCGGUGCUUGCAACCCUUGCGUAGACCAUGGCUCCACAGCCACGGUCUUUUAGGGAAGAGGUCCGACAAGCAGCUAUUUUUCAGUGGAAUGGGCGCGGACUCAGCGCCUUUCGGAUUUCCGUCGCUUCGUGUACGCUAAUAUGUUUCCCAUUAUCGUCAUUUGCGAGCCGAACUUAUCGAACACAAUCAGGCUUUCUGGAUAUGAAUUAUUUAUGUCGUCAACUAUUUAUGAAAACAGUAAGGUUUUGGUGUGUAUUCGCCGUGACCUCACCUACACUCAUCAGCCUGUACCACCUAAUGACUAUAAUCAAUAUAUAUGCCUAAACGUAAGAAAAAAGAAUUUGGCGUUUACUUUUGUGGGCGCCUACCUAUCUCCGUCAAGUCGAUUUGAUUACAAAAGACUCCAAGACAUCCUUUCUUCAACCUCCAAUCCCUGGGUCAUCAUUGGAGAUUUCAACGCCCAUCAUACACUCUGGGGAAGUCCGAUGAUCAACGCAAGAGGCAGAGCUCUGGUAUCUUUCGCCUCCAGUAAUGAACUUUGGCUGCUGAAUGAUGGAAGUCCUACCUUCUUACGUGGCUCCACCUACAGCAGCUGUCUUGACUUGGCUUUCGUCUCACGAAGCCUUGUCAGACGUGCAGGGUGGUUUGCGGACAUAGAGACGCACGGAAGCGACCACAUUCCCACGUACAUCAAGAUCAGAGGAUUGUCCCCUUCCAAAAUACGGGAUACGAUCCAAAGAGUGGACUGGCCUAAAUUUCAGUCUAUUAUGGAAGAGCGCUGCGACGCCAAUCCAUCUUUCGACUUGGAAGAAGCAAUCAAGAGCGCGGUGCAAGACACUAUGCGCGCUCUCACAUGCUCUUCGAAACUGAACGAAUUUGAUGUGGAACUAGAACGACUUCGAGCCAUCCGACGACGUGCUGAACGAAGAUACCGACGUACGAAAACAGUGGACGAUUUACGGACCGCCAGGCGCACGCAAAAGAAGAUACAGCGCCGGUUAGACAAGCUCGAAUCGCAACGUUGGAAUGCCUUCUGUGAGUCGCUAGAUCCACGCAAGCCUUUAUCGCAACUAUGGAGAACGGUGCGCGGUCUCCGGACACUCCCCGUACAGCGAUUCCCAUUCAAGGCGCUUGCCCUCUCUCAAAAGAGAUCGGAGAUUGACGUGGCAGAGGAUUUCUGCGCCAGAUUAUCCGGCCAACUCACGGCUACCAACAUUCCAUCGCCUUCGAGUAACUGUCCGCCACCACGUGAUCACCGGAUGGAUCUACCAUUCUCAAUCCACGAACUUAAGGCAGCAUUAGCUUUGUGUAGCCACACAUCAGCGCCAGGACCUGACGGAAUUUCCUACCGAGCUCUGUGUCACCUGGGGGAGCGAGCGAGAGGACUUCUCCUUGAGGUGUACAAUGAAUCUUGGACAGAUGGCACACUACCAACAACCUGGAAGACAAGUCGCCUUGUUCCACUGCUGAAGCCUGGCAAGUCGCCGUUGGAACUCUCAUCAUAUCGCCCGAUCGCGUUGGCGAGCUGCGUGGGCAAAGUAAUGGAGAGGAUGGUCCUAGGACGCCUGGAGUGGUACUUGGAAUACCACAACACUUACCCAGAUGCCAUGGCGGGCUUCCGACGCGGUCGAUCAUCGAUCGAUAACGUCGUCGACCUGGUCACCUACGUUCAACAUGAGAAAUGCCACGAGGGUGCCAAAGUCAAUGACUGCAACGAGACCUUCGAACUCUGCGAAAGUGUGCCGUCAACUAACUACCGGCGCUGCCACCGGCAGUUGACGCACUGUCUUCUGGACUGGCCCAGGAAAACAGUUAGACAGGCACAAGGAAACCGCGGUUGUCGAAGAAAGCUAAAUUACCGGUGGCACCGCACCGUGUGCUACUGCUAGGUGGUGCGGGGGUGUUCUCGCAUUCGGCUCUUGCGGCAGCCAGCUUCCGAGACGCCGUCGUUGAGAGGCUGUGCCUGUGGUCGAGGACGCAGACGCUGUCGCUUGAGGCCUUUGGUCGCAGUGCCUGUGACCAGACGUGGUCGCGUACGCUGCAAGCGGUUCCGAACUGGUCCUUGUGGAAGUGGCGUUCGAAGUACCGUUUAGAUCCCGCGUGCAGGUGAGCCACAAUGGUAAAGGGAGCGUCAUCCAUAACUCAUAUUGCAACCUAUACAGAGAAUUGCAUAUUUCGCUUAAAAUGUUCGAAGAAACAUUUCGCGCUUACCACUAUAUGCAACAUAAUUUAACAUAUUUCUUGUAAAAAUACCUAAAUUUGUCCAUGCCUGCAGUUCACGUUCCUUCACAUAUUCCUUAGUCAUCUAUCGCGCCAAGUUUCGGUGGGAACUUGCCGCACUGAGGUAACAUGCUGGACUACACCUGGUAUACCAAAGCAAAUGUUGUUGAUUUUGCUGUUGUUUUUUUAAAUCCCGUUCCUGGCUCAUAUACAAAUAUGGCGUAUCGAGCCAGAACAGUGUGGAUAGAGCAAACUGAUAAUACCUAAUAAACGACACUA